CUCCUCAUCCAGACUUGGCUGCUCGCAGAUAAACGGCGGCUGUUUGCUGCGUUUCGACGCACAUUUCUUCCACAACGAAGGACGCAGCUGUUGGAGUCUCUCCGUCCGUCCGCGGCCACCGCGUUUCCACAUCUCGCGAACUUUUCAGUGACGGUGAUAGAAUCAGAUCCUGCUGUGAGGACGUUUCUGCGUAAAUCUCGGCGCGUCUUGACCGCUGCUCCUUCGGCCAUUGAUCUUAUUGUUGUGAUUUGGUGGCCACAAGUUCACCCAAGUUGAUCUGAGCGAAGAACAGCUUCAGAACCAAGGACAGAUCCGCACCUUCGCCAGGCAAAGACAGUCGAAGUAGAGACGUCUGACACCUGAGAAGCCGCGCCGCACCACAGACCUGCGCUUGAAGCAGCUGCUGCCAGGAAACGUCAAACAUGCAGCCCCCACUGAUGGAAGACCUGGAAGUCGCCCACCUCCAGACUCUGUGAACGUUUGCUGCUUUCGCCUCUCUAUCUCAAGCUGCUACCUGAUCCGGCCAUGCUUCGUGUGGAGUCUCGCCCCGGGUCAUUGGCCCGGGCGUUCCACUACUGCCCCCUCCGUGUGCUGGUGCUGGAGCUGCUGAUAUCAGGGGCUCUUCCCAGCAUGUCCAGAUUACCUCCCACCGCCAAACAUGAGAUCAUCAUAGAUGGAGACUUAGUGAUCGGAGGUCUGUUCCCGGUGCACCAAAAAGGUGAAGGUACAGAAGACUGUGGAAAGAUCAAUGAGGCGCGAGGGAUUCAGAGACUGGAGGCCAUGCUGCUGGCACUUGAUGAAAUAAACUCCAGCGAUCGCAUCCUUCCCGGACUCCAGCUCGGUGCUCACAUCCUGGACACCUGCUCGAAGGACACUUAUGCUCUGGAGCAGUCUCUGGACUUCGUUCGUGCAUCUCUCACCAAGGUGCACGAUCCGGGCUUCAUCUGCCCUGAUGGCUCCCGACCCAUCCAAAAUGAGGUCCCGCUGGCCAUUUCUGGGGUUAUUGGAGGAUCCUACAGUGAUGUUUCCAUCCAGGUUGCCAACCUUCUGCGGCUCUUCCAGAUCCCUCAGAUCAGCUAUGCUUCAACCAGUGCAAAGCUGAGUGACAAAAGCCGCUAUGACUACUUUGCCCGCACCGUGCCAGCAGACUUCUACCAGGCCAAAGCCAUGGCUGAGAUCCUGCGUUAUUUCAACUGGAGCUACGUGUCCACGGUGGCGUCGGAAGGCGACUACGGGGAGACUGGGAUCGACGCCUUCCAGCAGGAGGCUCGCUCACGGCAGAUCUGCAUCGCCACCUCAGCCAAGGUCAGCCGCUCCAUGAACCGCCAGGGCUAUGACAACGUGAUACGCUCUCUGCAGCAGAAGUCCAACGCCAAAGUGGUGAUCCUUUUCACCCGGAGUGAAGACGCCCGGGAGCUGCUGGUGGCAGCUGCCCGCAUGAAUGUCAGCUUUAUUUGGGUGGCCAGCGAUGGCUGGGGGGCCCAGGAGAGUGUGGUGAGGGGCAGCGAGACGGCAGCUGAUGGAGCCUUUACCAUUGAAUUAGCAUCCUACCCCAUCAGAGAAUUUGAGGACUAUUUCACAAAACUGAACCCCUACACCAACAUCAGGAACCCUUGGUUUAAGGAGUACUGGGAGAACCGGUUCGGGUGCAGCCUCCAAGAACCCGGCUGCAGUGAACACAGCCUCAGGGACGGAACUUUUGAGCAGGAGUCCAAGAUCAUGUUUGUGGUGAAUGCUGUCUAUGCCAUGGCUUAUGCUCUCCACAACAUGAGGCAGGCGGUUUGCUCUAACACUUCCAAGGUGUGUGAAGCUAUGAAACCAGGAAAUGGCAAACGAUUCUACAAGGAGUUCAUCCUCAAGACCAAGUUUGAAGCUCCAUUCAGACCCCCAGACACCGAGAACAUGGUCCGCUUCGACUCCGUCGGUGACAGCAUCAGUCGCUAUAACAUCUUCCACUACCACAAAGAGGAUGGGAAGUUUGUCUACAAGAAGGUGGGGUACUGGGACCAGAGUCUGACCCUGAACCACACCAUGAUAUCAUGGCGUGGACUGAGGCCGCCCACCUCUCAGUGUAGCGACCCCUGUCGGAAGAAUGAGGUCAAGAGCAUGCAGCCCGGAGACGUGUGCUGCUGGAUAUGUAUCCCCUGUCAGGCUUACCAGUACCUGCUGGAUGAGUUCACCUGUGCCGACUGCAGCUUCGGUCAGUGGCCUCUCGCCAAUCUCACCGGCUGCUACGACCUGCCAGAGGAGUACAUCCGCUGGGAGGAUGCGUGGGCCAUCGGCCCGGUCACCAUCUCCUGCCUGGGCAUCAUGUGCACGCUCUCAGUCGUGGGCCUCUUCUUAAAGCACAAUGAGACCCCAGUGGUGAAAGCCAGUGGACGUGAGCUUUCAUACAUCCUGUUGCUGGGUGUGCUGAUGUGCUACAGCAUGACCUUCGUGUACAUCGCCAAACCCUCCACCGCCGUUUGCACCCUACGCCGACUGGGCCUCGGGACAUCGUUCGCCGUGUGCUACUCGGCUCUCCUCACCAAGACCAACCGAAUCGCUCGAAUCUUCAGCGGGGUGAAGGACGGCGCGCAGCGUCUGCGCUUCAUCAGUCCGGCCUCUCAGGUCAUGAUCUGUGGAGCGCUGAUCUCCUGUCAGCUGAUGGUGGCGGUGAUCUGGCUGCUGGUGGAGGUGCCAGGCGUUCGGAAAGAAGUGAGCCCGGAGAGGAGGGACGUGGUCACGCUGAAGUGCAACAGCAGAGACACCAGCAUGCUCAUCUCACUCACCUACAACUGCAUCCUCAUCCUUCUCUGCACCAUCUACGCCUUCAAGACCAGAAAGUGCCCAGAGAACUUCAAUGAGGCCAAGUUCAUUGGAUUCACCAUGUACACCACCUGCAUCAUCUGGCUCGCCUUCCAACCCAUCUUCUACGUGACCGCCAGUGACUACAGGGUGCAGACCACCACCAUGUGCAUCUCCGUCAGCCUGAGCGGAUCGGUGGUGCUGGGCUGCCUCUUCACCCCCAAGAUCCACAUCAUCCUGUUCCAGCCGCAGAAAAACGUGGCCACGCUGAGAGUCAAUGCCAACCGCUUCAGUUCCACCGUGUCAGCGUCCGCUCCCAGCUCCAGCUACUCCAAAGGAUCUGCCUCGAACUACGUGCCAGCAGUGUGUAACGGCCGCGAGGUUGUGGACUCGACAACAUCGUCCUUGUGAAGAAAAUCAAAAGGUUCCUCUGUGAGCACAAGAAUCGCUCCCAUCACUUUCAUCUGGUCGUCGCCGCUACCUGCAUCUGAGAGAUAAUGCCCCGUCUCUCUGUGACGAGGGUGACUCGAACUGUGAAAGGCCCAGUCAUCGCCCCCAAGUCGGCAGUGUGUUUCAACUGUAAAGCCUUUUUGUAUAGAUUUAAUAUUCUCCUCGGGUAAUGAAUAGAUGUGAUGAAAUGCACUGUGCCUUGUCUUCAGAAGUCUUGUCAAAUGGAUGGUUGUGAAGCAAUAGUCUCCUACUUAUCAGACAUGCGUUCUUAUCUUAACAGUGAUGUGCUUAUAUCCAGAUGUUAUCGACUGACUUUUAAAAAAGGAACAAAGUAUUAUAACAUUGUGAACGUGAUGAAAAAAAUAAUAAUAGGCAACUAGACACAAUAAAGGCCAAUGUGUACUGUAGACUGUGCUGUCUUGUA